AAUUCAGUUUCAGUUUGGCGACGACUCUCAGACAGCCGGUCUCUAUUCCAGUUCUCAGUAAAAAAUAUAUAUAACAUAUUGCUCAAUAUGGCCGAUCCCAACGCCAAACCCAAGUAUACAAAACUCUUCAUCAACAAUGAGUUCGUUGAUUCGGUGUCGGGCAAGACCUUUGCCACUUUCAAUCCGGCCACAAAUAAGGAGAUUAUUAAAGUGUCCGAGGGAGAUAAGGCUGACAUAGAUCUGGCUGUGGUUGCGGCCAAGAAGGCCUUCCAUCGGGACUCGGAAUGGCGCAAAAUGAGUCCCUUGCAGCGCACCACUCUGAUGAACAAACUCUGUGCUCUGAUGGAUCGGGACAAGGCAUUCCUGGCCAGUUUGGAGACGCAGGACAAUGGCAAGCCCUACGCCGAGGCCCUUUUUGAUGUCACCUACUCGAUGCUGACGCUGCAGUACUAUGCCGGCUGGACCGACAAGUUCUUUGGCGACACCAUUCCCGCCGGAGGCUUUACAUCGAUGACGCGCAAGGAACCGGUGGGCGUGGUGGGCCAGAUCAUCCCCUGGAACUACCCCCUGCUGAUGCUGGCCUGGAAAUGGGGACCUGCUCUGGCUGUCGGCUGCACCAUCAUCAUGAAGCCCGCGGAGCAGACUCCCCUCACUGCCCUCCACAUGGCUGCUUUGGCCAAAGAGGCCGGUUUCCCAGCCGGAGUGAUCAACGUGGUCAACGGGUUCGGACCCACUGCAGGAGCUGCCAUCAGUGAGCACCCCGACAUUGCCAAGGUGGCUUUCACCGGCUCCGUGGAAAUUGGUCGCAUUGUGAUGCAGGCUGCGGCCAGGACGAACUUGAAGAGGGUAUCCCUUGAGCUGGGCGGCAAGAGUCCUGUGGUGGUCUUCGAUGAUGCGGAUGUUGACUUUGCGGUGGAAACCACCCAUGAGGCUCUGUUCUCCAAUCACGGCCAGAGCUGCUGUGCCGGCAGUCGCACCUACGUGCACGAGAAGAUCUACGAUGAGUUCGUGGCCAAGGCGGCUGCCAAGGCCAAGGCCCGCAAGGUGGGUAAUCCCUUCGAGGAGAAUGUGCAGCAGGGUCCUCAGAUCGACGAUGAGAUGCUGACCAAGGUUCUGGGCUACAUUGAGAGUGGCCAGAAGGAGGGCGCCAAGCUGCAGGCUGGUGGCAAGAGGAUCGGCAACGUCGGUUUCUUCGUGGAGCCCACUGUCUUCUCGGAUGUCAAGGAUAAUAUGCGAAUUGCCCAGGAGGAGAUCUUUGGUCCCGUGCAGUCCAUCUUUAAGUUCAGCUCUCUGGACGAGAUGAUCGAUCGGGCCAACAAUGUGCAAUAUGGCCUGGCCGCUGGCGUUAUUACCAACGAUAUCAACAAGGCCCUGAAGUUCGCCAACAACGUGGAUGCCGGCUCCGUGUGGAUCAACUGCUAUGAUGCCGUGCUGCCCUCCACUCCCUUCGGUGGCUACAAGCACUCCGGAAUUGGUAGGGAGCUGGGAAAAGAUGGACUCGAAAAUUACCUGGAGACCAAGACCAUCACCAUGAAGCUGCUUUAAGCUGGAACUUGAAGAGUUUCCCACUUCGUAUACACAACACUUGUAUUUUAUUCGCACUUGUUUUCGAUUUUGUCCUUGGUUAGACUAUUGCAUUUUAAAUAAAACUAUUGGAUUAUA